UGUAAUCAAUUAUUUAACACUGGUGGAUUUUAUUUAUUUGUUUUACUGACACAUCAGUAUACUGAAUAUCUCAAGGACUCGCGUUCAAUACAAAGGUGAAUGAUUCAUUGUGCUAGUGUUCCCACUUCAUUACAAUCAAUACAAAGGUGAAUAAUUAUUGAUUGUGCUAGUGUUCACCAUCCAUUACGAUCAAUACAAAGGUGAAUUAUUCAUUGUGCUAGUGUUCACCAUUCAUUGUGAUCAGCGAGUUGCUACGAGACACAACAUAGCCUCAACAGUUACUGUACAUUCAAACCGAAUUUUGAAAAAUAACAAAAGAUAUUUUGUGUUUUAACUGCUAGCAAAACGACCGAAACGAAAGAGAUGGGUUUGUCAGUCAUAAAUUGCGAGGUUAAAUUUUGUGACAGUGUCCAUGGUACUUUACUUAAUAAUGGUCAAGUCAAGUCUCGCAAUACGGUUUCCAGAUCAUAUCCAGACUAUAAGGACAUUGAUAAUGGUCAGACGACAUCACAGUCGAGUUCGACGUCAUCAAACGAGUCAGACGUCCCUUUAAUAAAAGAAGAAAAAGAAGAAAACGUCGUGAUAAACCAGAAUGUUGAAAAUAAAGACAAAGAAGACGGCCUCCUGUGGAGAAACCUGAUCAUUAUUUUUGGUGUGCUGAAUCUGUUGUGGAUUUCGGCCAUAGUCGUUUUCUACUUCAAAAUCAUUCCACCGACAGACAUCCGAACGCGUCACGUGUUCACGGAAGUUCACGACGACGGCGACUUCUGCGUCCCGUGCGAUGCUGUGUAUCUCACUGAGGACGACGUCCACGACAACAUUAACCACUUUGAGAAACGCGACGACGACUGCUGUGUUGGCAAGAAGUCUACACUGACUAACAUCGUAACCAAGUUUGCAGAUAAACAGUAUCGUCAACUGAGAGCAAGAGAUUUUGAUAGCGGACGGCCAGAUGAGACACACAUCGAGUUGAAUGAUCGAUCAGCUGAACUGAGGCAGCUCGACGUGGAUCAGUCUGAACUGAGGCAGCUCGACGUGGAUCAGUCCGGCGGAAUUAAGCUCAGAUGGAAGAGGGCAUUGUCGUCCAUUGGACGGAACAUAACCUACGUCCAUGAUGCCGGCCUGCAGGUGAAUGUUGCUGGGUUGUAUCACAUCUACUCACGGCUGGUGUUUGUGGAUGACGGGAAGGACACAGCUGGCAGAAAUGUCUCUUACUUCAUCUGGCUGCGCAGACCGGGCAAGGAAGACGAGAAACUAUUGGACAGCGUUUCCUCUGAGUGUGAAAUGACGUCAUCAGCUAAUGGCGUCAUUCCCAGCUUCCAAAGCGGAACGUUUGUGCUGGAAGCAGGUGAUAUUGUCGAGAUGCGCGUGGAUAAUAUGACGCAUGUUCAUAAGUCUGGUAGUAACAGUCUUCAUUAUUUUGGACUUUAUUAUAUAUAAUUAUAUGCAUAUCCCAUGCAAGUGCUGUUCCUCAACGUGGUGCAUGGGUGAUAACAUAUCGUCAAAUUGUUUACAGGCGAAUGGCAAAUACAGCACACUAAUUUAGUUAAUAUACAAACCUGUAACACAUUCGGAUAAAGAUACAAAUGAGUGAAACAUGAGUUUGUGACUUUGAAACAGUGAAAUACCCUCUAAAAAUAGACUAAAACUUGACUCCAUAAGGUUCUA